UGACGCGAGACGCAGCGGAAGUCCCUGCCGCCGCGGUGUUGUGCUGCGGGUGGGGGGAACGAGACAGGUUUGUAAACCUCAGAGUGUGCGGUUCUGCCUUGCCGGAGGCCGCUGUGGUGCGGAGAUCUCCUCCCUCCCUCCCCCUCCGGGUGAAGCCACCGUCACCAUGUCUGACCAGGAGGCAAAACCUUCAACUGAGGACUUAGGGGAUAAGAAGGAAGGAGAAUACAUUAAACUCAAAGUUAUUGGACAGGAUAGCAGUGAGAUACAUUUCAAAGUGAAAAUGACAACACAUCUCAAGAAACUCAAAGAGUCAUACUGUCAGAGACAGGGAGUUCCAAUGAAUUCACUCAGGUUUCUCUUUGAAGGUCAGAGAAUUGCUGAUAAUCAUACUCCAAAAGAACUUGGAAUGGAGGAAGAAGAUGUGAUUGAAGUUUAUCAGGAACAAACGGGGGGUCAUUCGAGGGUUUAGAUAAUUCUUUUUAUUUUUUUCCUUUUCCCUCAAUCCUUUUUUAUUUUUGAAAAUAGUUCUUUUGUAAUGUGGUGUUCAAAAUGAAAAUUGAAUACUGGCACUCCAUCUCUUUAGAACAUCUGGUAAUCUGAAUUCUAGUGUUCAAUAUUCAUUAUUGGUUGUUUUUGUUGUGCUGAUUUUUGGUGAUCAGACCUCAGCUCCCUUAAUAUUGCCCUUCUUAUUUUAAAAGAAUUCAUGUGUGCACAGAGAGGCCACUCUUUUCAGGACUGUGCAUUUUCAGGUUUGUGACGAUAAAAAGAACGACCAGUGGGAGCUUUUCUGUGACCUCCAAUUGGCCCUGAAGUUCUAGCAUGCGGUUGCUUCACUCCUGGACUGCGAUUUUCAGUGGGAGAUGGAAGUCUUUCAGAGAACUGAACUGUGGGAAAAUGACCUUUCCUCGGCUUGAAGCUACUUUUAAAAUCUGAGGGUCUGGACCAAAAGAAGAAUAUCACGUUUGUAGUCAAGAAGACAGAUACAGUGAGAGUAACAACUCACUCCAAAGGUGGCUUCACUGGAGAGAAAGCAAGCGUCCUGAGAGUCGAACAGGCGUCUGAAGAGCCCGGGAAAGCUGUCCUUUUCAUCAGCAGUUAGUGAUCAAGUUCCUCAUGCAGAGUGUAUGCAACAGACACUGCUCCUUUUGAUUCUGUUUGUACUUUGUGGCCUGGGACAUGGGUUUUCAAGGGACAUCGUCUGUACCAGCUUCAUUAAAAUAAACAAUAUUUGUAAAAACCGUACUAAAGCUCCUUUUAUUUUAGUUUUGUAGGGAGAAAUGCUCCAGAUAGGAUUUUCUUGCUUGAGUGUAUUUCUUUAGUACUGUACAGUAAUGACCUUAAUGACUUUGAAGCAAUGGGAGUUACUGGGCUGCCUUCUGAAUCAAGCGUUUAGUUAUGCCUUUUUAAUGUCUUUUUAGAUUGUGCUAUUCUUAGAGGGUGCACAUGAUACCAUUACUGUUGUUGUUUUUUCCUCUUUAAAUCCCAAUGAAUCACAGAAUUAUUAUAUAUAUGUACACAUCCAGUUUCAUGUUAUUCUAAAUACAGUGCCGUCUGGCUACUUUAGCAAAUAAACCUAUCUCAGGUGCAUUUUAUAAAGUGUUAACAGCUUAUUACCUUUCUCAGGUAACUUGCUUAAAAAGUAGAUUGCCUGAAACUUAUAUUUGACCCUAACUUUAAAAUUAUUUGUAUUGUACAAAUUGGAGCUUUUAGACUGUACCCUGGCGGUUCCUUAAAUUGUUACGUUCCUUAAAUAGUAACUGGAAAUUAGGUUCAGUUGUAGAAAAUCUUUGAGUUGCAGCAUUUGUCAAGAUCAAAUAACAUAUUUGAUUGGUUAUUUGAGCUGUUCAAAAUUCAUGAAUAUGUAAUUCAUCUAAAUUUUUGAAUCUCUAAAUGAAGAUUCAACAUUUAGUGGUGGAGCAUAAUUGUAGAAAUAGUUUUUGUUUUAGGGGUUUUGGGGAAGGUCUUCUAAAGUAACUACACUCUACUGUUGGCCUAAAAAAAUGCUCAACUGCUAUAGUAGUGUUGUUCACAUAGACACUUGGAAGUAAAAGUUUAAUAGAUAUUUGGAAAGACCCCAAGCAGUAUUUAGUAGCCACUCUAUCUGGAGUGCAGCAGCCUAAAUUUGCAAAAGGGAGAAAAAAAAGA